AUGGAUGUCCAAGUAGCUCAGACGCUUUGCCGAAGAUGUGAUAGUCUUGAUCUGGACAAAGUAUUUGCUGGAAACUACGAGACUCCACAGAUUGUCGCAAAACUGGGCGCCGUGCCGCAUGACAUGCUCUCAAGCGAAUGCCCGUUGUGUCGUUUAUUAGCUGAGGCAGUUCACAGACCUUUCUCAGAUGAAUCACUCACAUCAUACCACGAUACUUGCGACCUCUUGUGCAAUCAUGCCAAGGCCGACGACCCCUUUGUCCACGGGUACUUCUUAUUUGCAGACCGAGUGAACAGUAGCAGGUGGGAGGGCAUCGGCCAUUCAGACUACGCGCGCUAUCUCGGCUUCAUCCUGAAUGGCGCAAUGCAUAACGAGGGGAUGUUUUUCAAGUCCGAUGUCAGCAAUGCUAACGCCGUCACCGCCGCAGCCGACGACCGGUGCCCCCCGACGACGGCCGACAUGGAUAUACCCGAUGUAGGCUUCAUUGCUCUGAAGGUUGGGAGAUUGAAAGAUGAAAAGAGUGGUGUUGCAAGUUAUCUGGGAAGUAUUUACCCAGUGUCAAGCUCUGGACCAAAGACGGGAGCAGGCCGGCUCGUGCCGCCCGUUAUCGACUGGAAUUUGCUGCGAUCUUUCGUGCGAACCUGUAGAGACUCUCACGAGGCCUGCCGGUUAGCUAAAGAGGACCUCAGCAUAGCCGGGUUUUGUUUGAUCAAUUGCAUCACUAGGAGUCUUGAGCCUGCGACAGCUGAGGCGUCAUACGUGGCGCUGAGCUAUGUCUGGGGCCAGCCGGAUAAAUCGAAUGACUUCCAAGCAUCAUUGGAGCCUUCAGACGGCCUCCCCAGCAUGCCAUUGGUAAUCGAAGAUGCGAUGGACGCAGUGAGGAAAAUGGGUCUCGUGUAUCUCUGGGUUGAUAGAUACUGUAUCAAGCAAGAUGACUGCGAAAUCCUCGGCGACCAUUUAUCCAAGAUGCAUGUCAUCUACCGGAAGGCUAUUUUCACCAUAAUCGCGGCCGCGGGGAGUGAUUCAGCGUUUGGGCUGCCGGGUGUCUCGAUAAGAAGGCGGCAAGCACAGGCUCAUGCAAACGUUGGAGGACGUCUGCUGGUCUCCGCUCUUGAGCCCUUCACAAACGCCUCAAAGAGUAUCAAGUGGAACACUAGAGCGUGGACAUACCAAGAGGGUGUGUUCUCAGUCAGGCAGCUUAUAUUCGACACCCACCAGGUCACGUUCGUAUGUGCAGAGAGCCAGAAGUGUGAAAGUCUUACCCAUCCGUCGGAAGUCAACACAUCUUCACAGCGUCUUUUUGGUGUCCGAAAUCGUUCUGCGUGGGAGCACAUCUCACACUACUCAAAACGAAAUCUCACGUUCGAAAGUGACGCACUCAACGCCAUCACCGCCACUCUCAAUGACUAUAAGGAUAAGUCCAAGGACGGAGCUUUCCAUGCAUGGGGAAUGCCAUUUGCGGCCAACCUUAAUGUGUUAGAUGGCUUGUCUCCUGGGCCCCUGAGUCACGUCACUUUCGCGUCAGAAAAUGCCAUCUUUGGAUUCAGCUUAGCAUGGUAUUCGGCAAGCCCCGAUCUUCGAAGACGGCAUGGGUUUCCUACAUGGUCUUGGUCUUCCUGUAGGGCCAAUGUUGGAUUCCUGAAUGUACCUGACCGUACUUCGAAUAUUGUGUUGAUGCCAGACCCGGAAAUCGACGUUCGGCUCGAAUAUUGUGACGGUCAGAUUGUAUCUUUGUCAGAGUACAUGUCGCAGAAUUCCUCCGCUCAACUCUCUCGUUACCUACACCUGGAAGCAUGGUCAGUUCGCAGCGGCUUGACGUUCCAUCCUGACGAAGGGAGGGUUACGAUAGACGUUGGCGAUUACAAAUACCACCUGACGGGAAAGAUUGACCUAGAGACUCUGCCUGAUGACAAGGAUCAAAAGCCGAUUCAUGAUCUCAUGGUGGCAAAAGAUGGGUGGGAGGCCGUUGUUGUGUUUUACUCGCCUGAAGACUACGAGUGCGCAGUCCAGCCAUUCAUCAUCACUUUCAUGAGGGUUGACGACCCCGAGAAGCCAGAUGACGAGGUCUAUGAACGAAUUGGUCACAUCAAAGGGCUUCGAUUAGAAAAGAUGCCCAAGAGGGGGGCAGAAAGUUACCAAGCCCCUGAGGAAGAUGUCUUGGGCAAAGAAGGAAUACAGAAUCCCGACACAACGACCGGCGGCCAGGAGGUUGAGGCACAGGUGCCACAAAACGAAGACACUGAUGAUUUGGAUGACGGAAACGGCUUCCCGAUUGAGCCUUCGAGGAAGGGGUCCGAUAGCAGUGAAGCAAGGAGUCCGAGUACCGAGUCAUCCGGCGAAGCCAAGCCUCGGUCGGGUACUUCGGGGUCAAAGAGGCAGGUCAUUGCCGUCGCCUGCGACAACUGUCGGCGGAGGAAAGCCAAGUGCGACGGCAGCAGGCCAAAAUGCCAGCACUGCACAAAACGCAACGUCGAGUGCCACUAUGAGGCGAACCAGGGCGAGACCGUCAGUCUCGCCCUCAAGCGCAAGGCCAACGUCCUCGAGAACGAGAACGCCCAGUACCGCGACCUCUUCCGCAUGGUCUGCAGCAAGACCGAGGACGAGGCCCAGGAGAUCUUCCGCCGCAUCCGCGUCUCCGGGGACCCGCUCAAGGUCCUCGAGUCCAUCCGCCAGGCCGAGAUCCUGCUCCCCUCGCCCGCCGCCAACGAGCGCGUGAGCGAUUCAAGGUUAGCCAAGCUCAACGACAAGGCCAUGGAAAAUAGUCUGAUCCGCGUCCCCGCGAAACCCUGGACAGCCAUCGCAGACGACGGGCUCGUAUCUGAGCUCAUUACCGACUUCUUCAGCUGGGAGAACGCUAGCGCCUUUCCCGCCGUCGACCGCGACCUCUUUGUGGCGGAUAUGCGGGCCGGCAACGUCAAGAAGGCAAAGUACUGCUCCCCCAUCCUCGUCAACGCCAUAUGCGCCCUGCGAAGUCCGUUUGUAGAACGAGCCAAGCAGUUUGGCGCCAUUACGGGGCAAGACUUGGCAAAGCGGUUCAGAGACGAAGUCAUGCAGCUAGUCGAGAAGAGCCAAGGCCGCGCGACGCUGCCGACCAUCAUCGCGCUUGUGCUCAUUGACUGGUCAGCCAGCAUUGCCGGCGAUGAGCCGACGGCGAAGAUGUAUCGCUACAUGGCGUGGGAGCGGUAUAAGCGCUUCAGGCCAGAGAGGAGGUUCUCUCAGCUGAAAGAGGACGAUCCCCAGGAAAGGAGCGAGAGACUUGCUAUAUCAAAGGCAGUCUGGGCGAUUUUCUUCAUGGAAAGUCGCAUUUCAUACUUUUACCACCAAGUAUCAUAUAUACCGCCUCCACCGAUACCCAAACUAUUUGACAACAAUGGAGCGGAUGCACUCGAGAACAGAGGCAAUCUAGACGUGCUGGGACGGCCAUAUCUGGGAUCGACAACACAGAUCCCCCUGGUCCCUGGGAUAGCCACCAUCAACAGCAAUAUUGCAUGCCUUCAGUAUGAAAUCAUGCAAUACAUAACAUCAGGAGACAACAUCAAAGGCAGUAAAGAAGAUCUAAAACGGAGGAAGAGCCUCUAUUGCAAGCUCCAACAGUUCAGGGCGGAUCUCCCUAAGCGGUUUCGCAUGGAGUUCAACUUCACUCCCUCCACCGCCUUCCUCAGGAUGCACGAAAACGAAAUCGCCUACGUCCUCCUCACCUCCCUCCAUCCCUCUACCAAAUUCGACACCCCAUUCACAGACACGGCCACCACCGUCAAAUCCCUUACCCUACAGCACUGCCUCUCCGACACAACCCUCGCCGAGGCCUACCUCCAAAAGUACACCGUCAGCUCCUACACCACGCGCCAGCUCUUCGUCACGAUGCAGGCCCUCAUCCCCUUCCUCAACGACGGCCACGCCGCCACGAACGACCUAUUCACCCGCCUCUGCAUGAUGGGCGGCCUCACCGCGCGCGUCGUCCGCAUGACCGUCCACCUGCUGCAGGCCGCGCAGGCCAUGGCGUGGGCGAUGAAGCAGGACAUUCCCGAGGCCGCGAAGCCGUACCUCGAGCCAUGGGUCAAGCUCGCGAUCCAGGAGAGCGAAACGACGAAGCCGCCGAGCUACUCGGUGCCCGACAGGGACGAGAUCAAGCAGCUGCUGGCCGAGAGCGAUCGAGCCGUCGCUGGGCCGAACGAGGGCAGCGGCGCCGAGCUCUGGGCCUUGGUGGAGAAGUGGGUUCUGAGUGGUGGCUCAAAGUGA